GCAUGAAAAGCAUCAAACGCUGGUUCAACAUUGAGUUUCUGAGCUGCAACUGUACAGACCUCCACCACAAACCCAAGACCCAGAGCCCAGACACAAAGAGCAUUAUGAUGAUGGAUAGAUAGCAGAGGGAAGACGAGGAAGAGAAGAUGUCGUUCUUUGGCCUGGACUGUGCCAGGAAGAAAGAGAGAGAGUCGGAGAGGCGACUCCGUGCUAACGACCGAGAGUACAACCUUUCUUUUAGAUACGCUACGAACGCCAUCAAGACCUCCAAGUACAACGUCUUCACCUUUCUACCCCUCAACCUGUUUGAACAGUUUCAGAGGAUCGCGAAUGCCUACUUCCUGUUCCUGCUGGUGCUCCAGGCCAUUCCUCAGAUCUCAUCUCUGUCGUGGUUCACCACCGUCGUGCCUCUUCUCCUCGUGCUGACGGUCACUGCUGCCAAAGAUGCCACGGACGACAUUAAUCGCCACAGGAGUGACAAUCAAGUCAACAACCGAAAAGUCAAAGUCCUCAUUGAUAGAAAGCUUCGGAGUGAGAAAUGGAUGGAAGUCCAAGUGGGAGACAUCAUCAAGCUGGAAAACAACCAGUUUGUCACAGCCGACCUCCUCUUGCUCUCCAGCAGUGGACCGAUGAACCUGGUGUACAUCGAGACAGCAGAGCUGGAUGGAGAGACUAAUCUGAAGGUGAAACAGGCCCUGCCGGUGACGGGAGACCUGGGGGAUAAUAUUGAAAAACUGGCAGGCUUUGACGGCGAGGUACACUGUGAAGCCCCCAACAACCGCCUCGACCGUUUCACAGGAACGCUAACCUUCGCCGGUCAGAAAUAUUCUCUGGACAAUGAGAAGAUCCUGCUGCGAGGCUGCACCCUGAGGAACACAGAGUGGUGCUUUGGACUGGUGCUGUUUGGAGGUCCUGAGACGAAACUGAUGCAGAACUGUGGCAAGACAACAUUCAAGAGGACCAGUGUAGACCGUCUCAUGAAUGUCCUCGUCCUCUGUAUUUUUGGUUUCCUGGCCUUCAUGUGCGCCAUCCUGGCCAUAGGAAACUGCUUCUGGGAGCUUAACGAGGGCUCGGAGUUCACAGUCUUCCUGCCGAGGCAAGACAACAACGAUGCUGCCUUCUCUGCCUUCCUCACUUUCUGGUCCUACGUCAUUAUCCUCAACACUGUGGUGCCCAUCUCUCUCUAUGUCAGUGUGGAGAUCAUUCGGCUGGGGAACAGCUACUACAUUAACUGGGACAGGAAGAUGUACUACCCUCGCAGCGACACUCCUGCUGAAGCUCGAACCACCACGCUGAACGAAGAGCUCGGCCAAAUCAAAUACGUCUUCAGUGACAAAACGGGAACACUCACACAGAAUAUCAUGAUCUUCAACAGGUGCUCCAUCAACGGAAAAUCGUUCGGUGAGGUGUACGACAGCACAGGCCAAAGACUAGAAAUGAAUGAGUAUACAGAGAAAGUGGAUUUCUCCUUCAACCCACUGGCCGACCCUCGCUUCGCAUUCCACGAUCACGCCCUUGUGGAGGCGGUGAAGCUGGAGAACCCCGAGGUCCACUCCUUCUUCAGACUGCUGGCCCUCUGCCACACCGUCAUGGCCGAGGAGAAGAAAGAAGGUGAGCUUUUCUACCAGGCCCAAUCUCCAGAUGAAGGAGCGUUGGUAACAGCAGCCAGAAACUUUGGAUUUGUCUUCCGCUCUCGUACGCCGGACAGCGUUUCCAUCGUGGAAAUGGGAAAGCCUUGCACAUACGAACUCCUGGCCAUCCUGGAUUUCAACAAUGUUCGCAAGAGGAUGUCGGUCAUAGUUCGGAGUCCAGAGGGAAAGCUUUCUCUCUACUGUAAAGGAGCAGACACGAUCAUCUAUGAGAGGCUGCAUCAGUCCUGCAAAAAGCUGAUGGACGUCACCACUGAGCACCUUAACGAGUUUGCAGGGGAUGGCCUGCGGACACUGGCCCUGGCCCAUAAGGACCUGGAUGAGGAGUAUUUUCGCGAGUGGAAAAAGAGGCACCAUGAGGCCAGCACUGCACUGGACGACCGAGAGGAGAAACUGGAACAGCUGUAUGAGGAGAUUGAGAAAGAUCUACUGUUGCUGGGGGCAACAGCCAUAGAGGACAAGUUACAAGACGGAGUACCUCAAACUAUUGAGCUGCUGGCCAGAGCCGACAUCAAAAUCUGGGUUUUGACUGGUGACAAGCAAGAAACUGCAGAAAACAUUGCCUACUCAUGCAACUUACUGCGGGAGGAGAUGGACGAGAUCUUCAUCGUCGCCGCCAACUCACCUGAUGACGUCAGACAGGAAUUGAGAACUGCACGAACCUCCAUGAAACCAGGUUCACCAGAUGAUUCAGUGUUUGUGCAAGGGAGGACUCUGGGUAAAGGUGUGAAAGUGGUCAGAGAUGAGGAGGUUAACGGAGAGUACGGCCUGGUUAUCAAUGGACACAGCCUGGCGUACGCCCUGGAGAGUAGCAUGGAGCUGGAGUUCCUGAGGACGGCGUGUAUGUGCAAGACAGUGAUCUGCUGCAGAGUUACCCCCCUGCAGAAGGCGCAGGUGGUGCAGCUGGUCAAGAAGUACAAGCAGGCAGUCACACUGGCCAUAGGAGAUGGAGCCAAUGAUGUUAGCAUGAUUAAAGUGGCCCACAUAGGUGUGGGUAUCUCAGGUCAGGAGGGCAUGCAAGCCGUGCUGUCCAGCGACUACUCCUUCGCCCAGUUCCGCUUUCUGCAGCGCCUCCUGCUGGUGCACGGCCGCUGGUCCUACCUACGCAUGUGCAAGUUCCUGCGCUACUUCUUCUACAAGAACUUCACCUUCACCUUGGUCCACUUCUGGUACGCCUUCUUCUGCGGCUUCUCAGCCCAGACGGUGUACGACGAGUGGUUCAUAACUCUCUACAAUCUGGUGUACACAGCAUUGCCGGUACUGGGAAUGAGUCUGUUUGAUCAGGAUGUGAGCGACGUGUGGAGUUUCCAGCACCCAAAGCUUUACACUCCGGGUCAAGUCAAUGAUUACUUCAGCAAGGCAACCUUCUUCAAGGGUGCCAUCCACAGCUGCUACAGCUCCUUCAUGCUCUUCUUCAUCCCCUAUUUUGCCAUGCACGACACAGUGAGGGACGAUGGGAAGGAUGCCGCUGACUACCAGUCCUUCGCCCUCAUCACCCAGACCUGCCUGCUCUUCGCCGUCAGCAUCCAGUUGGGGUUAGAGAUGUCCUACUGGACGGCGGUUAACACCUUCUUUGUUUUGGGAAGCCUGAUGAUGUACUUCGCUGUCACCUUCGCCAUGUACAGUAACGGCAUGUUUCUCAUGCUGCCGUCAGCUUUCCCUUUCAUUGGCACAGCGCGGAACUCUCUGAACCAGCCGAAUGUUUGGCUCACAGUCCUCCUCACCUCCUUCCUGUGUGUCCUUCCUGUGAUCACUUAUCGCUUCUUAGUGAUGCAGCUCUACCCCACCAUCAACGAUAAGGUGAUGUUUAAGGUGAGACAGGCCAAAGCGAAACUUCCGCCUCCAUCUCGGCGCACCCGCAUUCGCCGCACCAGCACCCGCCGAUCAGGCUAUGCCUUCUCGCACGCGCAGGGCUACGGGGACUUGAUAACGUCAGGCCGACUCAUGCGGCGUCCUGCUGUGACACGCUCUUCAGGUUUCACGGGUCGAACCACCACAGGCUUCAGCCCCAUGGGACGAUCAGCUGGAUACAGUCCGACAGCUCGCCCCCAAAAUGUCAAGGCGCAGGAUGUGGAGGCGACCUCGCUGCAGAUGUACAGAACUAUCGAAGACCCUGCCCUUUGAGGGAUCGGACAAACGGAGCGCAGGGUUAAAAACCAAAGACUAGUGGAGAAGAUCUGGGAACAGGAAUGACAUGCCACUUGAACAGCUGAUUGCUUAAAGCUCUUUGCUCAGACUUUCCAGAGAGUUUCCUAUCGAUGGUCAGUUCCUUCUUCACGUUUCCUUUAGACCUUUUUUUUUAAUCAAAGGGAACUACUACAAAAUGUGUAGCCACUUUCACAUAUGAAUCACUUCCAUCCAUUAUCAUAUAAAUAGAUUGGCAAAUGAAAAUGAACUCUUCCUGACUCCAGUAACGGGGACAAUCGUUUCUGGAUGUAAAGGGAAACAUGCUCAUGUCAAGAGAAAGGAUUAAGUGUCAUCAUGUUUACAGACUCCCCAGACUUUCUUCACCUUGGGAGUCCAGAUUCAUAGCAGGGCUUUCUACAGAGGAUAUAACCAGCGAAGCCAUGCUCGAGAAAAAUAUUAUAGUUUUGUACCUUUUAGUGUCUUUUUAAAGCGUCAUAUUUUACUAUCUUGAAAGCUGUACAAGCAGUUAGCACUUUGACAUUGUUGGCCCAUCCAGCUGCUGAUGGACAUUUGUUUGUACAGUAUGUUUUGCUUUUAUGACGUUAUCACUUCUGUGUGCUAAAAAAAAGAAGUCAUGCCAGUUGAAUGAAUGAAUUUGGGGAAAUAAAACUAGUCAAAGAGGAUGCCCUUCUGUGUGGCACAUCCUAUUCUUCAUUAACACUUAAAAGACGGGCUAUUUAACACUUGUGUCGUCCUCCCGGGUCAAAUUGACCCCAUCUGUUUUGACUGUUCCUUCUUUCCUCCCUUCCUUCCUUCUUUCCUUCUUUCCUUCCUUCCUCCCUCCCUCCUUUGCUUCCUUACCUCCUCUUUCUUUCUUUCCUACCUCCUUCCUUCUUUCCUCCCUCCUUUCCUCCCUCCCUCCCUCUUUUCCUUCCUUCUUUCCUCCUUUCCUUCCAUCCUCCCUCUCUCCUUUCCUUCCUUCUUCCUUCCCUCCUUCCUCCCUCCAACAGCAGGAGGGUUAAAUUAAAAUCUUAGUAUCAAUGUGUAAUUGGACAUGCUUUAUAUUCUAAUGGUUAAUAAAUGGAAGUAAUUUCAGUGGGUUUUUUAUUGUAUUAGAUAAAUAAAAUCAUCUUUUUUUUGCUUUAC